GGGAUAUUCCACGUGCUGUGUUUGUUUGCAUUUUCCAUUAUUAUAUGCACGACGCGGCCACAGCAGGAUUAUACAUAUAUUCGAGAAAGCAAAGGACGCAGAUAAAAACGUGAAGUGUCAACUACGACAUGACCAAUUUUAACGGACUGCGGGCACACGGGAGUCGUUUAUCUCUUCGAGAGCUGACACACUGAUGUAGACAUUCUGUGCAUCGUUAAAUAUUCUCUGAUUCGAAGCAGAAGGAGCAACACCCUUUUCUGAUUCGCACUACGAUUGUUGGCAUGCAUCCUUGAGUCACCUGCAAUUUGCUUUAAGUGAUAAAAAUCCUCUUGAAGAAACAUGGAGUCUGCCGGCAAAGUGGAAAGUGGGUUGGAAAAUCCAGCCUUUGUCCCAGACAGCUCAAAUGAUCGGAAGAAGUCUCAAGGUGGAGGCAGCAUCACUAGCGGGGAUUAUGAGCCUUACAGUCAGAGAGUCCUCACGCUGCCAACCACAAACCUGGAGACGCUGCUGCAUCUGAUAAAAGGGAGCAUGGGCAGCGGAAUUCUAGCCAUGCCAAAUGCAUUCAAAAACGCGGGUUACGUGUUUGGCGCAGUGGCGACGAUCGCCAUCGGCGUGAUUUGCACAUACACCGUUCACCUCCUGGUGCAGAGCUCAUACGCCCUUUGCAAGCGCCGGAAAGUGCCUAGUAUGGGCUAUCCAGAGACGAUGGAAGCGGCGAUGCGAGAUGGACCGGGAUACUUUCCCAAAAUAGCUCCUUAUGCCGAGUACAUUGUGAAUUUCUUCAUAUUCCUGUUCCAAGUCGGUACCUGCUGCGUUUAUUUUGUCUUCAUAUCUUCCAACAUACAAAGGGUUAUGGGCGAGUACAUCAACGAAAUCGACGUUCGUCUGUACAUGUGCAUGAUUUUUCUGCCCAUUGCGCUGCUGAAUUUGGUUCGGAAACUGAAAUACUUGGCACCGUUUUCUGCUCUAUCAAACUUUUUGAUCGUCACCGGCGUCGCCAUCACACUGUACUACAUAUUUCGCGAUGGAUUGCCGGAUAUUUCUCAACGAAACUGGAUUGGAGAGGCUCGAGGAAUACCGCUUUUCUUUGGAACAGUUUUGUUUGCACUUGAAUGUAUUGGAGUGAUAAUGCCGCUGGAGAACAAUAUGAAAACGCCAAAGUCGUUUGGCGGCCCCACCGGAGUUUUCAACCAAGCCAUGCUGGUUAUUAUUUUCCUCUACACAAGUUUGGGUCUGUUCGGUUACUUGGAAUACGGAGAAAAAAUUGAGGGAUCAAUUACCCUCAACCUGCCAAAUAAUGAAAUAUUGGCGCAAGUGGUUCAAAUCAUGAUGGCAGUGGCUAUUUUCCUGACAUACCCUCUGCAAUGUUACGUAGCUGUUGAUAUUCUUUGGAACACGUAUUUGAGUCCUAAGGUGCAGAGCAAGAAGAGGAAACUCGCUGGAGAAUACGGCGUCAGAACGGGAAUCGUCCUUUUAACUUUUGGCUUGGCAGUUGCGAUUCCAAACCUUGAAUUGUUCAUUUCGCUGGUCGGUGCUCUUGCUCUGAGCAUGGUUGGAAUUAUUCUUCCACCUAUCAUCGCGAUGGCAACUUUCGAGCACCAAAGAAGAGGAUGGAGAAUAUACAAAAACAUUGCGAUUGUAAUUUUCGGAAUAUUAGGAAUGCUAACCGGCACGUACGUUAGCAUUGUUGAUAUCGUUCACAGCUUGUCAUCAUCCUCAUCGUCGUUGUAAAUAAAUUGUUACAGCUCUCUGCCUGAUGAAAUUAAUAAAUUAUUGCUUCGUUCAGAGA